GUGGAUUUUUCGGAAUAAGUAGGCUUGAACCUUAUCAUCGAUUAUUUUCAUUAGAGGAUAAAUCAAUUCAAUAUACAUAUGCUGAAAAAGAAAGGGUUCCAAUGUGGUUGGCAGCCUUGUUGGUAAUGGUGGGCCCACUAAUUUUCAUGACAUUUACAGCUUUAGUAAUUAAAAGGAGUACACAUGAUUGGCAUCACUCUUGUCUAGGAUUUGCCUUAUCUAUGACAAUGACUCUUGUUGUUACUGAAAUUAUCAAACCAAUAACAGGCGCAGUUGAUUCGCCUGUAUAUGGGUUAAGUAAUUCAUCGAUAUGUACUCGGGGAGAUUCGGCAAUUCUGAGAGAUGGUUUUAAAAGUUUAGUAUCUGGACAUGCAUCUACUGCAUUUGCUGGUAUGGGUUAUUUUAGCUUAUACCUCGCUGGAAAAUUACAUGUAUUUGAUAGAAAAGGCUACACAUACAAAAGCUUUGUUGUGGUUACUCCUUUGGUCAUUGCUAUACUUAUUUGUAUUUCAAGAACUCAAGAUUAUCGUCAUCAUUGGCAAGAUGUGUUUGCAGGAAGUACUCUUGGUUUUAUAUUAGCAAUAUUUUCUUAUUAUCAAUACUACCCCAGCAUUCACUCACCAGUUUGUGAUAAACCAUACUCUGUCAGAUUAAAGAAAAAAGUGCCUGGUCGUUCUGCAGAAUUUGAAUUUGCAGAUGGCUCUAAUUUCACAGUAAAAAUUACCAGGGAAGACGGCGGUCUUGUAUAUCAAGAUAAUAGGGCUCUUCUGAGUUAUGAUGCUGAUUCUUUAGACAAUAUUAGCAAAGCCUCUAGUAGUUCUAAUGUUUAA